CACUCUAGCUUCAAAUUAAACCUUCCAUCUCUCUCUCUCUCUCUCUCUCUCUCUCUCUCUCUCUCUCUCUCUCUCUCUCUCUCUCCAUUGCAACAAAUCUGCUAUCAUAUCCAACACACACAAAUUAACCUCCUCUCUCUAGAAAAAAAAAAAAAAUACUACUAAACCAACAUCUAUACGCACACUAACAGCUAGCUUACCAUACAAAAAAUGGGAAACGCGGACAACGUGUACCCAGAUAAGAACGCAGAGCGCGCGCACCGCGUCGCAAUCCCUCCGCCGCAACCCUUUCUGAAGUCAUUCACGGCCUCCAUGAAGGAGACCUUCUUCCCCGACGACCCGCUCCGGCAGUUCAAGAACCAGCCACCCUCUCGGAAACUCAUACUGGGCCUCCAGUACGUCCUGCCAAUCCUCGAAUGGGCCCCGCGUUACAGUCUCCAGUUUCUGAAAGCCGACCUCAUCGCCGGCAUCACCAUCGCCAGCCUCGCCAUCCCCCAGGGGAUCAGCUACGCCAAGCUAGCCAACUUGCCACCAAUUCUUGGCCUGUAUUCGAGCUUUGUUCCUCCUUUGGUAUAUGCAAUGAUGGGAAGUUCGAGAGAUUUGGCCGUCGGGACGGUCGCCGUUGCAUCGCUACUCACAGCUUCUAUGCUGGGGAAUGCAGUGAAUGCUAAUGAGAAUCCCACACUCUAUCUUCAUUUGGCUUUCACCGCAACGUUCGUCGCCGGAGUUCUUCAAGCUUCUUUGGGUAUCUUAAGGUUAGGGUUUAUAGUGGAUUUCCUAUCGCAUGCAACGAUAGUGGGGUUCAUGGCAGGAGCAGCCACGGUGGUGUGCCUUCAACAGCUGAAAGGUAUUCUUGGGCUUGAGCACUUCACCCAUGGGACCGAUCUCAUCUCCGUCAUGCGUUCUGUCUUCACCCAAACCCAUAAGUGGAGGUGGGAAAGUGCUGUAUUGGGAUGCUGUUUCCUCUUUUACCUCCUCCUCGCUAGAUACUUUAGCAAGAAACGAUCGAAUCUCUUUUGGAUAUCGGCGAUGGCACCGUUGACGUCUGUUAUCUUCGGAAGCCUGCUUGUUUAUCUCACCCACGCUGAAAAUCAUGGUGUUCAAGUGAUAGGACAAUUGAAGAAGGGGAUAAAUCCUCUGUCGAUAACGCAUCUAGCGUUUGGGUCACCGUAUAUGUCAACGGCCAUCAAAACUGGCAUAGUUACGGGUGUCAUCGCUCUCGCUGAAGGGAUUGCAGUGGGCAGAAGCUUUGCCAUGUUCAAGAAUUACCACAUUGAUGGAAACAAAGAGAUGAUUGCUUUUGGGAUGAUGAACAUUGCCGGUUCCUGCACCUCUUGCUAUCUCACCACAGGGCCGUUUUCCCGGUCAGCAGUGAACUUCAACGCAGGGUGCAAAACGGCCAUGUCCAACAUUGUCAUGGCAAUCGCAGUCAUGAUCACGUUGUUAUUCCUGACGCCAUUGUUCCAUUACACUCCCAUCGUGGUGCUGUCGUCGAUAAUAAUCGCGGCAAUGCUGGGGCUAAUAGACUACGAAGCAGCAAUCCAUCUUUGGCACGUCGACAAGUUUGACUUCAUGGUGUGCAUGGGUGCUUUCGUUGGCGUGGUUUUCGGCAGCGUUGAGAUUGGUCUAGUUGUCGCGGUUGGAUUAUCUCUGCUUAGAGUGCUACUGUUCGUGGCGAGGCCAAGGACCAUGGUACUGGGAAACAUCCCAGAUUCUGUGAUCUACAGAAGUGUUGAUCAAUACCCAAAUGCCAAUAAUGUUCCCGGAAUUCUCAUACUUGAGAUGAAUGCUCCGAUUUACUUCGCCAAUUCAAGCUACUUGAGAGAAAGGAUUUCGAGGUGGAUAGAUGAGGAGGAAGACAGGCUAAAAUCCUCUGGGGACACCAGCUUGCAGUAUGUGGUACUUGACAUGGGCGCGGUAGGAAACAUCGAUACAAGUGGAAUAAGCAUGUUUGAAGAGCUCAAGAAGAGUACUGAGAGAAGAGGCCUCAAGCUCGUACUUGCCAAUCCGGGAGGUGAGGUGAUGAAGAAGCUGAACAAGUCGAAGUUCAUCGACUUGUUAGGCCAAGAAUGGAUCUAUCUUACUGUGGGAGAGGCUGUUGGAGCUUGCAACUUCAUGCUUCACACCAGCAAACCAAAAACAGUGGCUGCAGAUUCAGAGGCAGGGAGCGACAACGUCUGAGUUAACAGUGAACCAAUUACGUCGACUAAUAAGCCAUUCGAAUGCAACAGUUAUUUGGCUUGUUGAAACAAAAGAGAAAUCUGUCAUACUAAUUCCUCUGGCUUGUGAUUAAGUUGGGAGAUUUGAGGUCUUCCAAUAUGGUGUGAUCUGUAGAACAUGUAAUUUGUAGGAUAUGCGUUGUAUACUUGAAAGUAUAAAGAGGUCGUGACCUGACUUGGGGUUGCUUAACGAAUCAAGUUAUUCGAGUGUGAACUCGUGUUCGUUA